AUGCCGCGCACGCCGCGUGCUGCCGCGAAGGGCGUCGAGUUUUCUGACGAGCCCAUCAUUCUCGGCGCCCCGGCCUCUUCCACUGCCACCACCGCAGAUCAUUCGCCCUCCAUAUACCAAUCUCAUCAUUCAUCCGAGCCGCACCUUCACAUUUCACCGGCCGAUGUAGCUCUGCGCCCACCAGGAAAGCGUCGUGCCCGCUUCCAUUCUGACCAGAGUCUCACCUUGAAUCACGUCGAAGAGCCUUUGGAGACUUCAUGCACGGAUAGUGAUGCCUCUGCCUCGAUUCCUAGCUCCCCGCUGCAUCCAAUCGCCAAGAAAGCUUUCCUUGCCGCCCAGUAUGAUGGUACGCCGCAGAACGAAAAACUUGUCGAGCAAUCCACCCGUAUCAAUACCAAGCUCAACUCAAUGCCGUCGGGGGGCGCCUUUUCGUUUAUGAAUUCUUCGGAGGAUAUUGUAUCAGACUCUCUGGACACUUCUGAUUCUGACACGGAAACGGCUUCCUCCACGGAUGAUGAUUUACGCUCCUCGAGAAGGAUGAUUCGAGUUGAUGGCAGUGCAAAGCUCUCCAGCGCCUCUGGUCUCAACGACGAUGACUUUCUCGACGACGACGACGACGAUGGGUUUGGGAUCGAGGGUGCAGAAAGGGUUGACGAAGAAGAGGACAUACAAGUCCGUUCUUUUGGACGCUCCUUUGCGAGGGUAUCGCUCAAGGAUGGCGAGGACGUAAUCAUCAGGGACCCUCGUAAGAAAGACGGCGCUCGCUCCGAAGUCGCUUUUGCUCUUCCCGGAAGUGAAGAAGAUGGUGGCCGGAGGAGAUCCAGCAGUGUCCGCGUCCCUGAUCGACCAAGGCCUUUGGAAUCAGACGGUGAUUCAGGCCUUCGGGGGAUGAACACGUCACGAAGCGAUCCUCCUCGUCGCAAGUCUCGCAUGCGCCUGACCUUCAACAAGAGAGCCGCUACCGCAAACGCAGUGAAGAACGCACAACGCAAAUCCAUGGAGCGCAACUCGAUCGAUCGAACUUCAGUCGAUCGCACGUCUGUUGAUCGUGACGGCGUUGCUCGCCCCUCGAUCGAUCGCGUAUUGGCGACGCGUUCGAUGCAACCGGAUGUAGACAUGUCAAGCGAUACGGAUUCCGAUGUCAUGAUGACUGGGUCAUGCUUCCCAUCUCGAAAAGGGACGGCCUCGCGGCGACGGACAAGGAGCUCCACGUCGAACGUGAAGCCCGGAGCGUCAGUUGAUAUUGCGUGGCCGCAACAAGAUAAGUCGAAGCUCGGCGGAUGGGGACGAAAGAAGUCUCAGGCGGCAGGGCAGUUGGUGUCACCGCCGGACAUGAGCAACAUGGUCGAAGGACGACGGCGCCAUCCGAGCCCUGAAAGGAAGAUUGUCAAGAACGUGUCCUUGCAAAAGGACGACUGGAUAGAUUUUGCUACCAACGCGGCCCGCAGUCAGCGACACCCGUGGCUGGUUCGCGUGUUGUCCGCAAAUAGGAUGUCCUCACCUGCGAAGAAACAGACGAGACCGAUUGCAGCGCAAACAGAGCAGGACAAGACCCGGAAGAAGAGCAAGCGGUUUUGGAGAGUGUUCAGUCGCAAAUCGAAAUGAUGUUUUUUUCGUGUGAUGGGGGGCGUAUUGUUUCAUUGCGGUGCUCCGUUUGAGUCUUUCGUGGAGAUCACGUUUAUGUAUUAAAAAGGAUUGGUGGUGUAGUGGUUGCUGCGUCGGCAGGCAGGCGUAGAAAUAGUGAGAGGCUGGGGGGUUUGAGGGGGGGGGGAGGGGAUUAGGGAGCAUUUGUAAUGCUCUUCCGCCGAGAGCGCUCAAUGCCUCCUCAGGAAAUUACAGGUAGUUUGAUGUUGCAUGUAUCAUUAGUUGAUGCGUGGUGGCUUGGCCGUUGCCUCUUCUAAGAUUUGCAUGUAGUGAAUGAAUUUACGAAAAGCGACGCGCUCGUGAGUGUCCAGACAGGACUGAGUAUCAAAAAAGGCGUGCUGGUGGGAAA